CUCCCGCCCCCGCAGCUCCUGCACCUGCGCUCGGGCCGGCGGGUGCGCAGCAACGGCACAGGGCGUUGUUCCGUCCCUCCCGUAGGGAUUUCUCGUCUCUUUAAUGUCCGCCUGAGCCACCGCGCAGCUCCGCAGGGGCCGGCGCUCUUCGCCUGGGAGCCUCAAAACAACGCCGGGAGGUGGGGGCAAGGGGGUCCCUCUCCCUCCCCAGCGCCCCCCAGCACUGCGCAGGCAGCCUGCCAGGCGGGUGGCCCGAGAGGAGGGGCCUUAGGGAGGUUUUCUGGAGGUCCCGCUGUUACCCACAGCCCCGAGAGCGCAGGAAAGAGGCUAAUCCCAUUUCGCGAUUUACCGGCCCCGCUGCGAGCAGGUGAGGCGGCGGCAGAGGUGGGCAGCGUGGGCCGUGCCCCCGCCCGGCUGGGCCCCGCCGGCCGCAGCAUGUCCGUAACGGAUCAAGCCUUUGUGACCCUCGCUACUGAUGAUGUGUACUGCCAAGGUGCUCUGGUUCUUGGACAGUCCUUGAGGAACCAUACGACAUCUAGAAAACUGGCAGUAUUAAUUACACCAGAGGUUUCCACUGGGAUGAGGUCUGUCCUCCGCAGUGUGUUUGACGAAGUAAUCGAGGUGGAUGCCCUUGACAGCGCUGACUCUGUCCAUCUGGCUCUGAUGCAGAGGCCAGAAUUGGGUGUAACCUUCACGAAGCUUCACUGUUGGACUCUUACUCAUUAUAGUAAAUGUGUCUUCAUGGAUGCAGACACUUUGGUGCUUUGCAAUGUCGAUGAGUUGUUUGAUCGAGAAGAGUUUUCAGCAGCUCCUGAUUCUGGCUGGCCUGACUGCUUUAACAGUGGUGUAUUUGUGUUCCGACCUUCUUUGAAAACCUACAACCUGCUGCUCCGGUUUGCUGCUGAGCAUGGCAGCUUUGAUGGAGGUGAUCAAGGCUUGUUGAAUAGCUUCUUUAGCAACUGGGCAACAGCAGACAUUGGCAAACACUUACCCUUCCUCUAUAACUUAAGCAGCAGUGCAGUAUAUACAUACGUUCCUGCUUUCAAUCAUUUUGGCAGAGAUGCUAAAGUCGUUCACUUCUUGGGAGCGACAAAGCCCUGGAACUACAAAUACAACCUUCAAACAAAGAGAGUUAUGCAGGAUGGCACCACCGCUGGAUCUUUUCAUCAGCUGUCGUUUCUGGCCCUCUGGUGGAAUAUAUACAGUGCCAGUAUAUUGCCUUUGUUCGAAAAGUUCCAAAAGAUGGAAGAAUCAGAAACUGAGGAAUGCAAGCACACUUUCAGUGGAGUUGAAAUUACACUGAAAAAGGUCAGUCCUCCUGUGGCCAAUUCACUGCAAAUGCCUGAGCUUCCAGAGCAGACACAUGAAACAUAUCCCACAACAUGUUCACCUGAGGAAGUCGCUUUCACAGCUCAACCUGUGUGUGAAGUUGAGCAAAGCGGUUCUAGCGUCCAUCUCUCUGAGCAUGACAGACCUUCAGAACAACUUGUAUUUCAUCCUGUGGUUCAGGAAACCUCAGAACUGAAUGAGGUCGCGAAUUCUGUUUCAGAGCUGUCUAUUCGCUUCAAACCAGAGGAACCGAGUCCAGAAGAUGAACGGAGAAAAUGGGAGGAAGGGCGCAUGGACUAUAUGGGGAAAGAUGCUUUUGAACAUAUCAAAAAGAAAUUGGAUGCAUUUUUACAUUAAGAUGGAGUGUACUGUAAUGGCCGUCAUGAUCUGUUUCUUCUAUAAAUUCAAUCCUUGAAUA